CAGAAUUAAAUUGUUGUCGUUUUGGUUUUGGUUUGUUUUCUAUUUUGUUUUUACUUUUUUAAUUAAUUGUUUUAUAUUUUGAUGAAUUAAUUGUUUAUUCUAAUUAUGGAGAUUCUGGUUAAAUGGUUAAAUAGUGGUGAGCUUAAUUCUAAACUUUCUAUUGAUCAACUUAUCGGUGAAUUGAGUAAAGAGAUUGAAACAAUUGAAUCAUCUAUAAGAGAGAAGUUAAAUGUUCGUGAUGAAGAGCAAUUUAGAGAUUAUUUCUCAGUGAUAAAUAAAUUUAUUGGUCAAAUGAAUGUAUCACUUGAUCAAGCGAAUGGACAAUUAAAAGCUUUCGAAGGUGAUACUGGUGUAAAAAUCAGAGAAUUGAGAGAUGUUCUCCUUCAAAGGAAUAAACAACUUCAAGAAGCUGCUUCUAAAUUAACACCAAUCGAUGGAGAUAAUGAAGAUGUUGAUGUUGUCAGCAAAGGAAAAGAAGGUGGUGAUGAUUAUCUUGGUGAUAGUGAUUAUAAUCAAGGAAUCGACGUCUCAAAUCAUUCACCUUCACCUCUUAGAAUACAAAAUCCUGUUGAUGAAGAGGAAACUCGCCAGUUAAGAUUAACCGAGCAAUUGGUUGGAGAUGAUUUUGUAAAAGCUCGAACACUAAUUAAUUCUGAUCUCUUUCCUGUGAUUCAAGUUGGUGAUGACAUUUCACAAGUUAUUCCUUCAAAUAGUCCAACAAUUAAUCAAAGUCUCUUCUCUUUUCCAAUCUGUUCUGUCAGUCAAAGUAUAUUUGAUUUAAAUAAAUUACUUGAACAGAUGAUGAAAAAAGCAAGAGAUUAUUCAGACCACGAGGAACGAUAUUUGGCCUAUCAAGCAACUCGAAGUGUCCUCGAGCUUUAUUUAGUUAGUCAAAGUGUUCAUCAAACCAAAAUCAAUGAUCUACCAAAAUAUACGGCAAUUUUUCACAACAAUUGUCUUUGGAUUGCUCACCAAUUAACAAUUCUUCCAAUGGUUUAUGGAUUAUGGGAUCGGGAUAAUUUCACUGUUACAUUUGUUGAUUUAAUUCCUGCCCUCAAAGAAACGGCUCAAGAUGCAAUUAUCGAUACAAUGAAAAAACAGAAGCAAAUUUUGACUGAUUUCUUCGAUGAAUCUGAAGUUCGUGAAUCAUUAAAAGCCGCUUCUUGUGAAGAUUCAACUGGUAACCGAACUUUAAUCCCGUUCUCCAAAUCACUUAGAAAAGGACUUACUCAUAUUAAAUCAAUUAAAAGCCUUUGGAUUGAUUGUCUUCCAUCUUCAGUGUGUAAUAAGCUUAUUGGAACUUUGGUUAACUGUCUAAUUGCUGUGACAAUUAACGCCAUUUUAACACUAGAAGAUAUUCCCGCUGAUACCGCUACCAGAUUAGGUGACAUAUUAGAUGGAAUCACUAAAGAAAUUGACCAAUUAAUGAAAGAUUUUACUCUUCCCUAUGGACAAAUUUUACCGAAAUGGCUUCAAUUUCAAGAGAUUAAAAUUGUUCUCCAGGCCAGUCUUGCCGAUAUUGUUGAUAGAUGGUCAGAAGGAAAUGGACCUUUAGCCGUCGCUUUUACCCCGGAAGAAGUUAAGAGUUUAAUUAGAUCGCUUUUCCAAAACACAGAUCGUCGAUCAGCUGCUUUGACCAGAAUUAGAUGAUUUCUUUUCUGUGAAAUAAAGUUCAGCGGUUUCAAUACAUUUUUUUUGGAUAUUAUUGUUAAUAUUUAGAUUCCGUGACAACGAGUGAACAAUUUAUUUUGGUUAAUUUUAUUCAAUUUAAACAUAUUCUAUAAUAUAAUAAUAAUAAACAGCGAAAAAAUCAA